AUGGAGCCGCCGAGUAGCCCACUGCAGCCCCUCCCCACAGCCUCCUUCAUAUGCGAGAGCUGCUCCCGGCAUGUAGUCGUUGUGCUGGAUAGUAGUGCCCAGCUGUUGAACACACCACUACAAACAGGCAGGCAGCUCAAGAGGGAAGCCUCACUGCCUGCCGGGGCAGAACAUCCUUUGCAGCUGCAGUUCCACGACAUUGAUGAAAGCCAGUUCUAUCUAAAUAAAGCGGGUGCAACGCUUCCGCCUCCAGAUGAUGCGGCUGCAUCUGCUCCGUUGCAGCAACCGCCGCAGGCAGACCUGCAACAGCUGCAGCCUCCUGCAUUUUCAGCCAACGAAAGCAGCAGCUCCUUAUCAGCCUCGUGCGCUCCAUCACCCUUUGCUGAGGCAGCCGAUCCCAGUGGCCCUCCCUUGCCUGGCGAGGAGGGCGCAGAAACGGAUUCAGUGAUGAUGUAUCCCCUCUGUGCUGCUUGUUUAGACGCGGAUAUAGCUGAAGUCGAGCCCUCGACUGCCCACGAGAAGCGGCUUAUCCGAAAAUAUGAAAAGGCGCUGAGAAGGCUCCAGCGGCGGUUCCCUGCGAGAGCCGUACUAUCCAAGGAGGAAGCUGAAGCAGAAGCUGCAACAGAUGCCGCGGAUUCUGCGGUGGUGGAGUUGCGACAGCUGGAGGAAGAGGAAAGAAAAUUGGAAGCGGAAAUAUCUUCAAUUGAGGCUUGUACGGCCCAGAAAGAAGUACAAAAACGCGCAAUCGUCGCCGAGCUCGCGGAGCUGCACAUGUGGCAUGUUGAAUUUUGGCUGUUGUACACAAACCAUUGGCUACGCAUGAUGCGUCAUGGAGAGCGAAAAAGGGCCAUGGAGCGCCUGUUCGUGUACAUUGGGUCAGAGCUGCGGCGUUUGAAGCGGUUGAAUGUAGUCACGGACGCCUUCCACAUAUGGACAUACAAGUUUUUGCCCUCCAUAAACAAAUGCAGAAUCGACGUCUUCUACCGCAAGUGUCAAGCGCAUCCCUCCAACUAUCGACUCGUGCCCAGAGGGCAAUUCUCCUUCCUUAUAAGGCAAGAAAGCGCACAACUCCAAGUUUGGAGUUCAGGUUUGUUGAUUAGGCUUUACGGCUUAGGGGUGGAGGGUUGGCAUCUGGGAUGCUGCAGAAAGGAAGAUGGCGUUGUCCUUCCGUUGCACGGCGGUGGGGGGGAAGUUGGACUGAGCCGUUUUUUCUACAGCAACAAGCGGUUUGACUCAGCGAUGAUGGCGUACCUAGAAUGCGUUAAAGAGAGCAAACCUGGGGGAUUCAUUGGCGUGUUUGUCUGUGCACAAUGCGCGUUGCAGCUCUUUGACUUGCUUGUCACUGCAGCGGAGGACCGAAGCAAAGAGAGAGCCAUCUGCCCUCUCUUGCCCUUUCCCGAACUUCCAUAUGAAAUCGAGGGCGACCGAGUUGGGGGCUUCAGUAUCCGCUUACAGCUAAACCAGGACGAAAGGUGGACCAAGGCACUCAAGCUGCUUCUCAUCGACAUGAAGUGGCUCCUCGAGUACAUCGAGCGUGAGCCGCCGCGAAUCCUUAAGCUCGUGCCCAUGCAAAGACAGCAGUACUAG